AUGGCAGACCGUCGUCGACAGAUCCGCAUACCCAUCGACAAGGGCGCCCUAGAAAAGGAUGGCAGCCUGGACGACAAACAUGGACCACGCUAUCUCAUUGUCGACCAGAACUGGAAGAUGUCUGAUUUUCCCGAUCCCCUCGCUCCCAAGCCUAACAUGACGGCUAUGUGCCCUCCUGGUAUGAGCAAGGACCAGGAAAGCCGACUUUGGGAUCAGCUCCAGAAGUACAAGGAGACGGCUAAGAAGCUGGACAAGUAA